UCCGCGACGAGCUCGGACCGAGUGGGGCGCGAGAGCCCCCACGCCCCCCACCCCGUGCCGAGAGCGAGCGCUCGGGCGGCGGUCUCCGUUCUCCGCCUCCCCGCCUGGCGGCUGGUCUCCGCUCUCUCUCCGCCGGGACGCGGGAGAGCCCGGCGCUCGGCGGGGGCGCGAGGUGGAGCUGGCGGGGGCGGCCAAUGCGAAACUGGCUGGUGCUGCUGUGCCCGUGUGUGCUCGGGGCCGCGCUGCACCUCUGGCUGCGGCUGCGCUCCCCGCCGCCCGCCCGCGCCUCCGGGGACGACCUCGCAGAUCAGUCUACCUCAUUUCCUCAGUGGAAAUCUGACCAUUAUGAUGUGGUAGUUGGAGUGUUGUCGGCGCGCAAUAACCAUGAACUUCGAAAUGUGAUAAGAAGCACCUGGCUGAAGCAUCUAACACAGCAUCCAAUAUUAAGUAAACGUGUGCUUGUGAAGUUCAUAAUAGGUGCUCAUGGCUGUGAAGUGCCUGUGGAGGACAGGGAAGACCCUUAUUCUUGCAGACUGCUCAACAUCACGAAUCCAGUUUUGAAUCAGGAAAUUGAAGCAUUCAGUCUUUCUGAAGAUACUUCAUCAGGUCUUUCUGAAGACCAAGUUGUCAGUGUGAGCUUCCGAGUUCUCUAUCCAAUUGUUAUUACCAGUCUCGGAGUGUUUUCUGAUGCCAGUAAUGUGGGUUUCCAGAGGAACAUCACCGUCAAGCUUUAUCAGGCGGAACAGGAGGAAGCCCUCUUCAUUGCUCGUUUUAGUCCUCCGAGCUGCGGUGUGCAGGUGAACAAGCUGUGGUACAAGCCCGUGGAGCAGUUCAUCUUACCAGAGAGCUUUGAAGGUACCAUUGUGUGGGAGAGCCAAGAUCUCCAAGGCCUACCAGCAAGAAAUCUCCACAAAGUGACAGUCAAUGAUGGAGGGGGAGUCCUGAGAGUCAUUACUGCUGGAGAGGGUGCGUUGCCUCAUGAGUUCAUGGAAGGCGUGGAGGGAGUUGCAGGUGGUUUUAUUUAUACUAUUCAGGAAGGUGAUGCUCUCUUACAAAAUCUUCAUUCUCGUCCUCAAAGACUUAGUGAUCACAUAAGAAAUCUUCACGAGGAAGAUACCUUACUGAAGGAGGAAAGCAGCGUCUAUGAUGACAUUGUUUUUGUGGAUGUUAUUGACACUUACCGGAAUGUCCCUGCAAAAUUACUGAACUUCUAUAGAUGGACUGUGGAAACAGCCAGCUUUGAUUUGUUGCUGAAGACCGAUGACGACUGUUACAUUGAUAUAGAAGCUAUAUUUAAUAGAAUUGCCCACAGGAAUCUAGAUGGCCCUAACUUUUGGUGGGGAAAUUUCAGAUUGAAUUGGGCUGUUGACCGAACUGGAAAGUGGCAGGAGCUGGAGUACCCUAGUCCUGCUUACCCAGCCUUUGCGUGCGGGUCAGGUUAUGUGAUCUCCAGGGACAUCGUCUACUGGCUGGCCAGAAACUCAGGGAGAUUAAAGACCUAUCAGGGUGAAGAUGUUAGUAUGGGCAUUUGGAUGGCAGCCAUAGGACCUAAACGGUACCAGGACAGCCUCUGGCUGUGUGAGAAGACUUGUGAAACAGGAAUGUUGUCUUCGCCUCAGUAUUCUCCACAGGAGCUAACAGAACUGUGGAAACUGAAGGAAUCCUGUGGUGAUCCUUGUCAGUGUGAAGCAAGAUAAUGAUUUUAAUUUGUAGUGUUUAAAGAUCAGGGUAGGCAAAUAAUCGUCUGAAUAUAAAUCUGAGGACAACCCAGGGAUUGAUAGCAGGACAUACGUGGCGGUAGACUGGCUCUUUCACCUGAAUGAUACAGUAGCAUAAGAAAAUUUAUUUACAUAUUGGAGAAUAUUUUUAAAAUACCAAAUCAUUAUAAAAGAAAUUAUUUCUCAAAAAUGAUGCAUUGUUCCUAGGUAAAUCGUUACUUAUUAUUUUUAUUAAAAUUUGUUGUAGUUGGAAAUCUUUAGAUUUGAAACAACCAGAAUUACAGAACCAUUUGUAUAGCAUUAUUAAGGGCCAAAAUGGACUCAUAGAAAUGCUAUGUGAUCAUUUAUACCAAAGUAAGGGAUUUCUGAAGAUAACAUCAGAUUUUAUAGAUCUCAGUUGUGGAUGUUGGUUUUAAAGUUUCAAAUCUACCAAUACCUAAACUUUCCUUUGCUAUUUAACAGAAAUCCUGUUGGUCACAAUUUGGUGACCUCUUUUUUAAAAGGCUGAGGGGUUGUGGCUCAGUAUAUGGGAGGCCCUGGGUUCAUUCAGUCUUGAUACUACAUAAACAGAAUAUUUUGAAGUGCUGAAUAUAAGUAAAUUCACAUACACUCAGGGUUUUAGUGCCAUAGGGAAAGAUAUUCUAUGUAGUUGACACUGAAAUUUCAAUCAGAGCUGGUAAUUGUCUAUAGAAGACUAUAUGCUCGGUUUAGGUAUAACUAUAGGGAAAAGCAUGUAAUUAAUUU